AUGAUGCCCCUCGAAUUGUUGCAAACGCUCAUACAAACUAUCCUUCGCAGCGCCAUGAGCAUGCUGAUCUAUCCCUCUGCAGCCAAGGCAGUUCCGCCUGCGCUGCCGUACCCAGAUAUGAGUCCCCAACAUCCGAUGCGAUCCCUCCAGAGCCUCGCCGACGAGGUUGACAGAGUCUUCCGUUACCCAUGCUCAAUACGCCGGAUGCUCCAGAUGUCGUCCGCUAUAAAAUCACAGUAUCGAGACAAGCUACAGAGGAGUGACGCCUGCAUGUUACCAUCCUUCUGCCAUGCUAUGCCUACGGGGCAAGAGACGGGCACCUUCAUCGCUCUGGAUGUCGGAGGCUCUACCUUCAGAGUGGCGUUGGUGGAGCUGCACGGUAGAUCAUCAGUCUCCGAUAGCAUGACCAUCCAUCAUAUGACUUCUAGCAAAAUCGAUGAGCCCAUACGGCGACUCAGGGGUAUUCAAUUCUUCGAUUGGAUGGCAGGCCGCAUCGAGGCCAUGCUGCUUGAAUGCCCCCCAUCGCAGCCGCGCAGCGAGACCAUUGCAUUGGGGUUGACGUGGAGUUUCCCGAUUGAGCAGACGAGCCAUCGCUCUGGCAAGAUUCUGGGCAUGGGCAAGGGUUUCCAGUGUGCUCACGAUAAUCUCGGAGCAGAUCUAGCUGAGCUUCUAGAAGCUGCGUGUGCUCGGCAGGGCAGGAGCAUCCGUGUUGAGGCUAUCAUCAACGACGGCGCCGCCACACUCCUAUCACAAGCCUAUCUGGACCCGGCGACCUCUAUGGGAUUGAUCCUCGGUACCGGCACUAACGCCGCCGCGUACUUCCCGACCCUCUCCAUCGGCAAGUCCAAAUUCGGCACGCGCAGCCCUUCCUGGUUCACCCGUGCCGAGCGCGUCAUUGUGAAUACCGAGUGCUCAAUGUUCGGAGGCGGCAUCUUACCACGCACGUCAUGGGACGAGACGCUUAACAAUAACCACGUUUUGCCUGAUUUUCAACCCCUGGAAUACAUGACGACCGGCCGAUAUCUGGGCGAGCUGAUGCGGCUGGUCAUCCUAGACGCGGUUGAAAUUUGCGACAUGUUCAGCGGCACCAUCCCAGCAGAGCUCGUCGAGCCGUACAGUCUAGACACCGCCAUCCUCGCUCAACUGGAAGAGGACAACUCCCCCGACAUGAGCGAUUCGGCACAAUUUAUUACGCAAGCAUUUGGGCUGCUCUCAAUGCCGACUAAAAGCGAGAUGGCGUUCUUGCGUCUGGUAGCACAGUCUAUCUCAAGGCGCGCAUCCGCUUAUAUGGCAGUUGCUAUUCAUGCUAUGUGGAGUUUACAAAAGGAGACAGCUGUUAAUUCUGAAACUCCAUAUGGAACACCCAAGACCUCCAUCGCUUGCAAUGGCAGUGUGAUCCUCAAAUACCCGGGGUUCAAAGCCAGGAGCGAGGGCUUCAUGGCGCGGAUGAUCGCCGAGGGCACAUCAGGCGCGCAGAGGUCCGAAAGGAUUUCACUGGAGCCGACUUACGAGUCUGCGGUAUUCGGCGCGGCUGUCGCUGUAGCCCUGGGAGAAGACACUUGA